ACCAAGAGUCUUCUGAACAAGAAUUCAUGGAGGAGGAGAAGGAGCAAGAAGCCAAUGACCACAAUUACACGGAGUGCUGCAAAAGGAGUAACGUGAGUGUGGAAUGUCGGGGUUUCUGUUCAGUGAGGAACAUUCUUCAAGGCAGCACAGGCAGAGAACCAGAGGCCUGUGAAUUAGAUUUCCCAGCUAUAGUCAGUUGUAUGGCCGAUGGUCGAGACCAUACUCCCUGUUGCGCCCGGGAAGGUGUUCCGGACCUGUGUCAGGACGUGUGCAAGGGUCAAUAUACCCCCAUUACUGACCACUUACGCACUCAUGUCUCGUGUGCUGCACACACCGAACCGGCACUGGCCUGUAUAUCCAGAGGAGUCAAUCUACUUCCCGGUCAACCUCGCGAUGUCGAAUUGGAACCUCUGACCGAGCGCUCGAUCAGGGUGUCGUGGCAGCCACCAGCCUCAUUAGCUCGUACUGUUCAGGAAUACAUCAUAUCUCACGUCGCUUUGGAGACGUACGAUCCUGCAGAACGAAAACCCACGUCUACUGGUGUUCAAAUACAGACUAGAGUUCCAGCUGCUCAGAAUUCUACAGUAUUGAGUGAUCUCACACCCUACACCAUGUAUGAGGUAACUGUCACAGCUCGCAAUUCUCAUGGCUCUAGUUUACCAUCUUAUGGGGUGCGCAGUUUAACUUUGUUAGGUGGACUGAGCUCACCAGCCAGUGCAGAAGGAAAUGUUUCAGCUCCUCCAGAUUUACCAGAUGUCCGAAAAUGUUGCGUAGAGCAUGGUGUCAAUCAACCCACGUGUCUGGACAGAAUGUGCGAUCCCAAACAAGCUGAUGUAGUCGAAGUAAUGGACCUCAUGGUGUGCGCUCCAUGGGCAGGGGUUACUUUCCAAUGUUUAGCAAAUGGUGUUGAUCAUUCGCCUUGUUGUCAAGCUAGAGGAAUACCCAAUUCAUGUCUUCCGCUGUGCCAUGGAAAUAUAACAAAUCUAGAUUUUAGUUACUUCAAAUGUCUACGUUACAUGAGUGAUUAUUCAAGUUGUUUACUGCAAGGAUACGGGGUGCUGGCUGGACCACCCUCUCGUCUUCGGGCGCCGCACGUGGCCUCAACUUUUGCGGUAAUCAGGUGGAACCCGCCACGUGUUUUGGGCGACACUGUUUUAAUGUACCACGUUCAUUAUAGAGAGCUCAACGGAUUUGAUGAAUUUGGAAUCAUUGAAAAGGACCGAUCACCGUUAGUCUUAGAAGGACUUAGGAGUGGAACAGAUUAUGAAGUAUUCAUAUCCGCCAUAAAUAGUCACGGAGUUGGAUCUCCGUCACCAAGAUUAGUUUUCAGAACUGAUUCCUUAAUCGCAGAAGAUUCGAAAGAAAUAGGAUAUAAUAUUACUGCAUGUUGUGUGGGACAUGGCGUAAGUCAACAGUGUAUGGGUUUGUGUACUUAUAAUGCAAAAAUGUCAGAAUUGAGGGCUCUCGGAAACACCUGCCAAACGCAAAUUCCCAGCCUUGUAAAAUGCGCUGCUGGCGGUCGUGACCAUACACCAUGCUGUUCAAGAAGAGCAGUUCCCCAAAAUUGUAUGAGCAUGUGCCGAGGUGUGAUUGGCUCUCAACCAGGAGUAACAGCAUCAGAAUGUUUGCCUUAUAUUGGAAAUAUUGUCCAAUGUUUUGAAGAAGGUACUGAAUAUAUUCCUGGUCCAGUAUCAGAAUUGCACGCUGUUACAACUACAAAUACAAGUAUAGCAUUGGCCUGGUUGCCUCCAUGGGGAGAGAAUAACACAACUCCAGAAAAACAGUCCAAAGUUACAUAUGAAGUGCACUAUGGGCUUACUGAUGAAGUAUCGUUACAUGAGACGGUUUUGAAGUUAGAGAAUCAAAUUGCUACAAAUGACACCAGUAUAGGGCUUACAGGUUUACAACCAGGAUCCUUGUACAAAGUAUUUGUCAUUGCACAAAAUGAAAAUGGAACGUCUUUACCAUCUUCUGUUCUAUUUAUAAAUACCUCUAGCGACGCAGAUCCAGGAUCAAACGCUAAGCAAUUAGUGGCUGGUGUACCAUCGCCACCUCAUUCGUUAUCAGUUUCUGAAAGGAGUGCUACUUGGCUGACAGUUGCUUGGCAGCCACCUCAAUUUACACAUCCUGAAGAUCAAAUUCACUACAAAAUCUACUACAAAGCUGCAAUGGCUCAAGCAUUCAAUAUGAGUGAAACAACUUUAACAGCUCAUGAAUUGCAUUCGUUACAACCAAAUACUCAACAUGUGGUCUAUAUCGUUGCUAUAUCAAAAAGAGGAUCGUCACUUCCAUCAGAAACACUGGUUGCCUGGACUGAUCCAGCUUUCCCUGCCUUUGUUGAGAUACCAACGGUUCACCCAGUGGACCUCGUUUCUGAAGGAAAUUCCAUGACAGUUCUUUGCAUAGCUAUGGGAGUCCCGACGCCAACAAUUUCAUUGUAUGUGGGUGGUACCUUAGUAAGACAAGACACUGCCAGGCACAUGGUCACUGUUAUUCAUAAUGUUACUACUGAUAUGGACCAAGUUUCUUGUUAUGCUGACAACGGUUAUGGAACACCCAUGCAAGCUUCGAGGCGAAUCAAUAUAAGUUUUGCUCCUCGUAUAUCUGCCGGAGGUAUAACUGUGGCAGCCCCAGGAGAUACUGUAUCAUUGCAAUGCAUUGUGCGUGGUCAACCUGAACCAAAAGUCAUAUUCUGGAGGGAUCAUCAAGGUCGUAUUCCAGUAAUUCAAGGACCAAGAUACGAUAUCAAUAUUAAACAGGAUAAUGAUGAUAAAUGGAAGUACAUCAUGACCUUAACCAUCGCACACGUAACUGCUUCUGAUGCAGGAGACUACUAUUGUCACGCCGAAAACGUUUUAGGAGCAGUCACUCGUCCAGUCAGCGUCCGGCUUCGCAAUUCUGCUGCUGGUCAUAAUGUUACAGAAUGUUGCCGAGAACAGAACGUCUCACCAGCUUGCAAUGAUGCCUGCGGCUUCUAUCUAGAUAUUGAAGCGGUUAUUGAUAGACCAGAGUGUCUGAAAGACUUUGAUAAGCUUAUGAAAUGUGCAGCUGAUGGAUCAGAUCAUCGAAAUUGUUGCGCGUCAGCUGGUGUUCCACGUGGCUGUCUGGAUUGGUGUCGUGGUGAACCCAUUGGAGCUCCAGGAUCAUUUUGUUCUCUGCAUAGCACCAGAAAAAUUAUUGGAUGCUUCCAAGAAGGACGGGAUCGAUUACCUGGACCUCCCCAAAAUGUUGCUGUUAGGCCACUUAGCGAGGAUGCGAUAGAAGUUCAUUGGGAUCCACCAAUCAAAAAUCCACACGCAGUAGAAAUGUAUCGUGUAUUUUGGAGAGAAGAAUCUCAAAGAGGAUCUCAUAGGAAUGACACACCUUUCACCAAUAUGAUGGUGAAUGGAUUGAAAUCUCAUGUACUCUACGAGUUAGUUGUCAAAGCUGGUAAUCAUUAUGGCACAAGUAUGCUGUCACGACCAGUUCAAUUCACUUUAGACGACAACUACAUUACAUCUGCUUCACGAGCAGAUGCAGGUUCCACCGUAGGUGUUGGUGUGGGUUGUGCCCUCCUGGCACUUGCAGCAGCUGGUGCAGUUCUUUGGGUAGCACUUUGGUAUCGUGGAAAGAGGCGCGGAGCAGGUAAAAACGCACCUGGAGGCGUCGCGUUUGAAAAUCCCAGUUAUCUACGCGAAGGCAAUCCAGAUCACGUACAGAUUCCUGCUGUGUCAUCAUCAGAAACCAGUAACUCGCAGAAUUGGAAUAAUGGUACUGCGACACUUCAAGUUUCGACAGCAACAGAAUUGAAUCCGUCUCUAUAUGAAGAACUUAAAUUGGGAAAAGAUGGAGUGGGUUUCAAGAGAAUGGUGCCAUAAUUUGUUGAAUCGAUUAGAUCAAAUUUUAACAUGACUGUAUAUUUGGGCAAAU